AUGUGUUCCUCCAACAAACACCCCAAACACCCGCUCUCCAAAGCUCGCAAGAUCCAGGCCAUUAUCUCCCUGAUUUCAUGGCCUUGUGCUCUCGCUGCCAUCUUUACCACAUAUGGUAGUUCCACUGCCCAAGCAUGGACGGAAUGCAUAGCGCUCACGAUUUCCAGCACCGCGCCUGUAUUCAUGCUCUUCAGAUAUCGCAAAUCCAGAACUCAAUCUUAUUCAUCCAUCGAAGUCGCCAUUGAUUGCUUCGCGGGUUUGUUCUUCUUCGCAAUAUGGGUUUCUGGCAUCGUCAUCAACCUUGUUGGCCGACUUGAGAUUCACCAGGUCUACUCCAACCUCGCAUGUCUUCUCCUCAGUAUGUCAUAUCUGCGCUCCUUUGCUAAAGGUUUCUUCCGUCAAUGUAUCCAGCCUAUGCUGAAGGCUCGUCGUGUUAAUUAUACCAUUUGUUCAUCCUGUGACCGGGCUGUGAAUGCUCCUAUGGCCCAGAGUCAGGGUACGACUGUGACCACGGCGACUGAUGAUGGUCUCCUGGGUGUGUACAAUGAUGAUGUUGAGUCCCAGCCGUUGCUACCUGAGGUCUCUUUGGGCGAGGAGGGUAAGCAGACUACUGGUAUCGUGGCUAGGGACUAA